ACAAGUUGCUUCUUGUUCAAACAAAGUUGCUACUUGUCUCUAUUUUCAUCUCUAUAAAUAGAGGCCUUCUUUCUCAAUUGUAAUAUACAUCAAAUUACAAGAGUUCUCUUUCAUUCUCUUGUAUUUAUUCUUCCUUCCUAUUAGAGUAUUAAGUUAAGAGAGUUGGUGUUGGGAAAUACUUUGUGUGAGCCCUUUCUUUUGGAGUGAUCUUGUGAGGUUUUCUCUUGGGAUAUUUGGGUUAAUUAGAGUGACCUUCUAAUUUUGUAAUCUCUCUAUUGUACUCUUGUUGAUAUAGUGAAGUUGUUCCUCUCCUCUCGUGGACGUAGGUCACACUGACCGAACCACGUUAAAUUUGUGCCUCCUUUAUUUUUUCUUGAAGUAUCGUUACCAUCAACUUGUUAUUGUCUUUGUUAUUGUCAUUAUAACAUUAUUUGGCUAAAUUCCACAAUAACCGAGUUCUCGAUCCUAACAACAAGCAUUAUCUUUUUAGCAAUCAAAGGGUUUUAAAUAGUCUACUUUCUUGCUUCAAAACUUUCAAGGAAAAAUGGAAAGAAAAACAAUGAUCAGUACCAAGAAACUUAUCAAAAUGGCUAGGAGAUGGCAGAAGUUUGCAGCCAUGCAGAGGAAGAGGAUCUCACUUACAAGAAAUGGUAGUGAUGCAGACAGUUGUAGUACGUCUUCACCCUCUAUAGUCGGAAAAGGUCAUUUUGUAGUAUAUACAAUUGAUCAAACACGCUUUGGGAUUCCCUUGGAGUAUCUUGAAAAUGAGGUCAUCAGGCAACUUCUAAUCAUAUCCGAACAAGAGUUUGGCCUGUCAAGUGCUGGCCUCAUUACAUUACCCUGCGAUUCAUCCUUCAUGGACUAUAUAAUUUCACUUAUCAAAAAAGGUGUAGCUGCAAGAGAUCUUCACAAGGCGUUGCUCCUCUCAAUUCCUUCAUGUUGCUGUUCAAUUUCUUCUUUGCAGCAAGAAAGUCAAAACCAGCAACUUCUUGUUUAUUGAGUCAAGCUAUUAUGUUUUGUAAAUGAUAGCUCACUCUAGAUCGUAUAGUAGGUGAAAAAUAGGCAACUGAAAGCUUGCAUUAUUACAGAAAGAACCAGAUCUAUGAAAUUCAUUUUUUUCAAUUUGGGAAUUGUGAAGUUUUAACAUUCUCAUCUUGGAGUAGCAUUAUUUUACUGCGGGCAAAAAAAU